GGACACAAACAUGGCGGUCGUGUGAUGUAUAUAGUGUUCAUGUCUCAAUGUUAACUUAUAGCAAGGGUUACAUUAAAACACGCUCUUAUCAUCAGUAAUAUUUAGCGAAUGAUAACCUCUACCUAGUACCGUAUUUCGAAGCCGACAUGUUCCAAAUAAUUGGCGGGAGGACCGUGCAGACGGCCCGUCUCCUUGCACCAAGGAGCGCCGUGGUGGUGGAGGCUGUCCGGGGGCGAAAGUCCCGCACCGACCCGGUGGCCAAAUCCAAAGAAGGUCGAAUUAAAGUGCUUCCUCCCGUAGAUCCGGUGGAGAUGGUGGUCCUGAAGGAGAGAUAUACGGAAUACCAGCUGAUAAUGAGGGCGCUUCGUCUGGAGUUUAAGGAGGAGGUGCUCCGAAAGAAGUACGAGAAGGAGACGGGCUCCCGGGCGGAGGAGAGGGCGAGGCAGGAGGCGGAGGAGCAUCGCUCCCUAAUGGCCUUGAACGAUCAGGAAAACCUGCGUCUGCUCAAAGCCAGAAUAUUAAGGAUCCAAAGAGAAGAGGAGGAAGCUCAGCAGAAGAGGACUGAAGCCAUCAUUCAACGUGAACAGAAACAGGACGAAAUAAUCAAACAAAGAGAGAAGGAGAUUUUGCAGCUGCAGGAGGAAGCAAAAAACUUUAUCACCUUGGAGAACUUGGAUCAACGAAUUGAGGAGGCUCUGGACAGUCCAAAGAAUUACAACUUUGCCAUCGAUAAAGAAGGGAGAGUCAUCAAACAGACGGUGCUGAAGUGAAACAGCAGACAGAUUCAUUUGUGACUCUAAAGGUGCAGCUAACCCUCCUGCAGCUGCGCAACUCAGUGGUCUAACUCAAUGGGGGGGGGGGGGUCUUUUACAAACCUGACUGUUCCAGCCAACUGAGAAACCUUCUAAAAAUAUUUAAUGGAAGUCUACUCAUGCCUAGACCUGGUUUAACCACAAUCUUUAUUUUCAGUGUUUUUACUCUCUCUGUUUCCUCAUUUGACUGAUGUGUUAUUUGAAUGUAACUAUCAUUUGUGAUGCCUAGCAUCUACAAAAGAUUAAAUGCUGGUAAAAAAUGUGAAAUUAAAGCUGAAUGAAAAGA